AUCAACAAAAUGUCAUUAGAAUAUAAACCUGUGACACAUAUUAUAUUUGAUAUGGAUGGAGUGUUGCUAAAUACAGAAGAUUUAUACACGGAAGUCUAUCAAAAACUUUGUGCCAAAUAUGGAAAAGUAUAUGACUGGUCUAUCAAGCUUCCUAUAAUGGGGAAAGAAGCCACAGUGGCUGCAGCAUAUGUCAUUGAAACACUGGGACUUCCUAUAACAGUAGAUGAAUGGCUUGGUUUAUUGAAAGCUGAAAUGCCAAAGGUAUUUCCAAGUGCAAAGCUAUUACCAGGGGUUGAAAAGCUGGUGAAACAUUUUAAACAUCAUAAUAUUCCAAUUGCCAUAUGCACAGGAUCUGGGACUGAUGGUUUCUCACUAAAAUCAACCAAUCAUAAAGAUUUCUUUUCAUUAUUUGAACAUAUAACACUUUGUGGUGAUGACCCGGAUGUUAAGUAUGGAAAACCUCAUCCCGAUGCCUACAUUGUUAGUAACAGCAGAUUUCAACCCACCCCACCAAGUCCAGAUAAGGUCCUGGUAAUUGAAGAUGCUCCCAAUGGUGUAAAAGCAGCAGUAGCCGCAGGUAUGCAAGUUGUUAUGGUUCCUGAUCCCAACAUUCCAGAAGAAUAUCACGAGGGAGCAACAUUGGUGCUAAAGUCUCUUUGUGAUUUAGAUCUGGGCAUUUUUGGGCUUCCUUCCUUACCAGAUUCUAUUUGAAAUUUUGGGAAUGAGAUGCAACUUCGUGCAAUGAAUUAUGCGUUUUAAACUGUACUUUUUUAUGGCUAUUUUUCUCUUUUUUCUAUACUUCCUAGUUUAUUCAUCUCGACUGGGCACAUAAUACAUAUUAUGGAUACGUAAAA